UUCAUCCCCAAACCCCUAAAAUUAGGGUUUACAAGAACCGUACAUCGUACCUUCUUCAACUACACCAGAUUACGCAAUCAAAUGGACAUCUAGAUUCAAAUUCAAGAAACACAAUGUUUUGUAAGUGAAAAUGCUGAAUCAUUUCUGGGUAUCGUGAGUUUUGCUAUGCUGAUUCAUAGGAUCAGUUAUAAUAGGCGAUUUUGGAUUUCUGAGAUGAUUUCUGAACUACAUUAUGUAUUAUGCCCACCAACUGUUUGUAAAAAUGCCUGUAGUAGAAAUGGACCGUUUUAUAUAUCAGUUAAAAGGAGAAACUUCUGCACAUCAGAAUCUACAAGUUUAGUGAAAACUGGAGUUGUUUAUUCCCAUCAAUCACAAGCUAGUGCUAACAGUAAUCGUGUAUCGCGUCUUGUGAGAACAGAGGCACAAACCGCACUUUUUGAUUAUUUGCAUUUUACAAGAGGCUUCCAUUUCACCGAUGCGGAGUACAUGAGCAAGAACUCGCCUCAUUUUAUCCAGAACUUGUUGUCGGUGGUUGAUAAUGAGCAGGAUGUUUCGCGGGCUUUGUCGAAGUACUUUCGUUACAAUCCCAUUAACGAGUAUGAACCGUUUUUGGAGAGUUUAGGUUUGAAUCCUACCGAAUUCCCGUCAUUGCUUCCUAAAUCGUUGAUAUUUUUAGGGGAUGACGGGCUUUUACUCGAUAACUUUCACGCUCUGUGUGGUUAUGGGAUUCCUAGAACAAAGAUUGGCAAGAUUUAUAGGGAAGCGAAGGAGAUAUUUGGGUACGACCAUGGAGUGUUAUCUAUGAAACUUAAGGCUUAUGAGAAAUUAGGAUUCAGUAAAUCGACUGUGAUUAAACUAGUAUCAUGCUGCCCUUCACUCUUGAUCGGGCGUAUCGAUAACAAGUUUCUCAUGCUUCUCGAUAAGCUGAAAGGGUUCGGGUUCGGAAAUGAAUGGAUCGGUGGUUAUAUAUCUGAAAGAACCACUUUGAAUUGGGAUAAAAUGCUGGACACCAUGAGUUUUCUCGUGCAAGUGGGCUACGACGAUAAACAGAUGAAAACUCUGUUUACGGAGAACCCCACGUUACUGUUUGAAGUCUCGGGGAAACGGAUCUAUGUGCUGGUUGGUCAAUUGCUAAAGCUCGGGUUUAAAAUGAACCAAAUUUACGACCUAUUUUUGAAAAACUCGCAAAUUUUAUCGUCAAAGGGUGCGAAGAAUCUUUCGACAGCAGUGUGUUUCUUGGUCGAAAUCGGGAUGGAGACGGAAGAAAUUGCAAACAUUGUUGCUACCCAUAUGGAAGUUCUCGGUUCUAAUUCGUUAAAAGCGCCAACUACCGUUAUGAACAGUUUGAAAAUUCAAAAAGAUGAUUUACGUCGAGGUAUAAAGAAAGAUCCUUUAAUGUUAAUCAAUUUGGCUACAAAGUCCGACGCUAAAGCGACCAAUAAUCAGGAUUCCAAUACAAUUGUCGAAAGAAAAAGCUUCUUACUAAGACUGGGUUAUAUCGAAAACUCCGAAGAGUUAUCGAAAGCGCUAAAAAAGUUCCGGGGCAGAGGAGACCAACUACAGGAAAGAUUUGAUUGUUUAGUGGAAGCAGGGCUUGAUUAUAAUGUAGUUUCGAGUAUGAUUAAGCGGGCCCCGUCGGUGUUAAACCAGACAAAAGAUCUUCUUGAGAAAAAGCUGGAUUGUUUGCAGAAUCGUUUAGGCUAUCCGUUGGAAGCUGUGGUAGUGUUUCCGUCGUACUUGUGUUAUGAUAUUCAGAGGAUCAAUCUCAGGUUUUCUAUGUAUUUAUGGUUACUGGAGAGAGGUGCAGCGAAGCCGAAGUUAUCGUUGAGCACAAUUCUUGCGUGUUCUGAUGCGAGGUUUGUGAAAUAUUUUGUUCAUAUUCAUCCUGAAGGUGUGUCCACAUGGCAGAAUUUGAAAAAUUCAUUUAAUUCUAGAUAUUAAUAUUCUAUACCCUUAUUUUAAUUUCUUAUGUUGGUCAUUUAUUUUAGUUAUACAAUUCAGUGAUUCACCCUUUA